AUGGCCCUGGGGGCCCUGAUUUGCUGGGGCAGCUGGAGCGUUACACUGGUCCUUGCCUCCAAGGUCAUGGCCUUCCAGCUGUACUACGUCAACUUCACGCUGUCCUUUCUAAUCACUGGCUUCGUUGUCGGCUUCAUUGGAGGCACUUUUGGAUCCGGUGGUGAGCGCUACGAUUUCACGACGCCCUACUUGGAGGAAAUUUCCGGUGUUGGACACACAACGGAAUGUUAUCUUUGGGGAAUGUUCGGCGGUAUAGUUUGGAACUUGGCCAACAUCCUGCUGUGCAAAGGCAUCGGGAUGAUGGGCAACGCCAUUGGCUUCCCCCUGUGUGUCGGCCUCGGGAUGGUCACCGGAGCUGUGGUGGCCUACGUGCAGGAUCCCAAGAGCGACUUGAAGUUCCUUGUGCCAGGCGUGUUUCUUGCCUUAUGCGCCAUCUCCACCGUCGGGUUGCUGUCUUAUCGCAAGGACCAGGAGGGCUUCCGUCGAGCGGACUCCUCCGAUGAGUCGGAGGUCGACGGCACCGUUUCGCAGGACACGACAGCAAGCGCCGAGGAGUCAGCAGACUGCGCGGAGGCAGCGAAGCCACCGCGGGCCAGUAUGCUCAGGAAGCUGGUCGUGUGCAUCACCGGUGGCCUCUUCCUUGGAUUCUCCAACAUCGGAGUCGGGAAGGCGACCUCCGACCCCUGCUUGCUGUCCCCCUACGCCAACCAGACGUAUUUCUCGCUGGGCGUCUUCCUCAGCUCCAUUGUGAUGCUGCCACUGAUCACGGCCUGCCCCAUCGAGGGCGGUGCCGGGACCAAUUUCUGUCCCAUUCUCAGGGGCUAUCGGUCCGUACCGCUGAAGUGUCACCUCCUGUCCAUGCUGGGUGGCUUCAUCCUAUGCUCUGGGUUCUUCUUCUUCAACCUGGGAAACAAGUCGAUGAAUCUCACCAUCUCCUACUGCAUCGGCCAGUCGGCGCCGUUGGUUGGUAUCCUCUGGGGUACCUUCUUUUUCAAGGAGUUCGCGGGCACCUCUGCGGGAGUUUGGGGCCUGGUCCCUGUGGUGUGCGUGCUCUUCGCCAGCGCCAUUGCUCUCAUUGCGGCUGCUGGCUGA